ACCUGAAAUCUUGAAUAAGUUUCAUAAGAAUAAGUUGUGUUCCUUUCCUAAACAUGAAAAUUUUGAUGGCAUGAAUUCGGGAUAGUCUCAUAUUAUUUGAAAACAAAUAAAGAAACUAAAGGUGUUGUAAUUUAUGGAUCAAAAAGUUCGAAUUUUCCAGAAAUAAUUUUGAUAAAACUUUGAAAAUUUUCGUUUUUUUUUUUCUAAAUUUAGAUGGUGGUCUUAAUCAAGGUUUAAUUGAUAGUAGUCAACGAGAUAUUAAUAAAUAUUGUCAAACAGAAGUUAUUGAAAAUUAUGAUGAGGAUAAUGAGUCCGAUGAAGAUAUAGACGACAACGAUGAUAAUAAUACAGGAAAAAAUAAUCGUACAGAUAAUCAUAGUGAUGAUGAAAUAAUCAGUCGUAAAAUGAGUGGUGAAAUAAUUCAAUGUUUACGUUUAAAAUAUAUCAAUACAUCAAUUACAUUAGAAUCCCAAUGUGUAUCAGAAUUAGUUGAUGUUAUACAAACAGCAAAACUUGAUGGUAAGCUUGAUAUUAAACUAUAUCAAAGUUGUCGAAAAUUACUUAAUAGUGAAUGUACUGAUAUGGAUCAAGAAGAUUGCUUAAAAUUACUUUAUCAAAAAAAUAAAAUUGAUGAUGAUGCUUGUAUUGAACAAGUGAAACAUGUUAUAAAAGAAGGACAAGCUUAUAUACGUCUUGAUCGAAAAUUAUCAGUUGCAUGUCGAGCUGAUGUUUUGCAAUAUUGUAAUGAUAUUCCUAUAGGUAAAAUGAAUUGA